AUGUCUUUCAUUUCCUCCACCUCAAGCUCAUCUUCUGAUGAUUUCUCCAAAAAUCAUGAAUUUGAUUGCUUAGUUGAUGAGUAUGUAGCAAAUCACCUACCUCAUAUAUUACUUCCCCAAGACCAACCACAACAACCCCCACUUAAUAAUGAAACUGAAAUUUCAUCGGAGCCCAAAAGGGAUAGGGAAAGAGAAAAAGGGCAUGUGCAACUAUACAACGAUUAUUUUGCGAAUAAUGCAGUGUAUAAUGAUAACCAAUUCCGACGUAGAUUCCGUAUGCAACGGUCAUUGUUCUACCGCAUUAUGAGCAAGGUGGUUGAGGGGGUUCAAUUCUUCCUGCAACGUCGAAAUGCAGCUGGGAAGCUUGAUGAAGAUUUAAGGAGAAUCCUUCAUCAAAAUGAUCUGCGUGGUUUUCUAGGCAUGAUUGGUAGUAUAGACUGUAUGCAUUGGGAGUGGAAGAAUUUUCCUACUGCUUGGAAAGCACAAUAUGCUGGUCGUAGCAAGAGUGCAACUCUCAUUCUUGAAGCUGUUUGUGAUCAAGAUCUAUGGAUUUGGCAUGCGUUCUUUGGAAUUCCUGGGUCAUGUAACGAUUUGAAUUUCCUAUACCAUUCACCGGUAUUAGAUGAUGUUUUACAAGGUCGUGCACCACCCAUAAAUUUUACGGUUAAUGGACAUCAAUAUGAGUUGAGCUACUACUUGGCCGAUGGGAUUUACCCGAGAUGGCCAACUUUUAUACAAGGUUGGAGUAGAUAA